AUGGAGGCCUGGGCCUACGGGGCGACGGGCUCCUACGUGCCAGAGGGCCUCAACAAGGCUCAGAGCGGGUGGGCAGCUCUCACGUCGUGGGCCCUGCUCUGGCCGACUCGUUCGGCAGAGGAGUUCGGAGCCAUGAUGCGCACGAGACGCUUCUGGCCAACCAACCUGCCGAAGAAGCUGCGCAGGCUCCCGGAGGACUACUUCAAGUGCUGGCAUCCUCCCACUCUGGCGAGCGCCGGGGCCAACUCGCGGGGGCGCUGGAUCACACGCGCCGGCUGCACGACGAGGGUCAGCCACGUGGAGAUGAAGUCGAUGAAGGGGACGCCGAAGGAGAAGAGGAUGUGCCUGUGCAAGAAGAAGGACGCGGCGCGCCUACUGCGCGGCCAAGGCCGGGCGCAGCAUGGAGGAGAGGCCACUUGGCAAGCGAUCAUUCUUGUGCCGAAACCUCCACCAGGAGCGGACCGGAGCCUUCUACCUGUUCACCCAGGGAUGCGAGCGCAUGCGAAUCGCUCCAAGAUCGAGGGCUCGAGCAGCUACACCACGGUGGCGGACCCGGCGGCGGCCGCAGCAUCGGGCCUUCAGAGAGACGAGACCUUCCUCAGGGACGUGAAGACGGCGGCGCAGCAGACGGCGCAGCGUCGCGCCGAGUCGGCGAAGCGCAAGGUCGCGAAGGACGACGGCGACAAGAUGGAGGCGGAGCCCCCGGCCCAGAACGAUCUGGCCACGCAGGCCAAGAUGGAGCAAGAGAUGCAAGCGAAGUUCGACAAACAGUUCGAGGAUAUGAUGGCAAUGCUGCAAGUAGUUGCAGCGAACCAGCAGUCCCAGGGCGAGGCGCUGGCGAAGGUCAACAGCACGGCGAGCGAGCAGAUGAGGGCCCUGGCGACGAUCCGCGGGGAGGCUCAGGAAGCAAGUCGACCUGGCCCAGAGCUUGCAGGAGCGUCGCGGUCGCACAGCGGGACGGCGCCGCUCGACCCGACCAAGCUCCCGCCGGCGAUGGCGAGGGACAUCCAGGAGCAGAAGACGUCCAGGAUGGGAGGAGCGCCGGCGCCCUCAGCGGCACCGUCGCUUGGCCGCUACCCCACCUAUCCGACGGCGGACGCGAGGCAGCAGCUGAACCCGCAGGAGCUCUACGACGAGCAGGGGAAAGCUAUUCAGGACUCGAUGGAGGCGGUAUCGAGCUUCGAGAUCCCGCCGACGGACCCGCUCGCUACGGCCUACGACCAGCGCAAGGGGAAGGCGAAGGGCUCUGCGGCGAGCCUCCAGGCGGCGGAUGCGGCAGCGCAGAGGGAGGCGAGGACCCUGGGCGACACGUGGACCGGCGGCCAACCCACGGUGCCCACGCAGACGCCGAACCACGAGAAGGACUGGCACAGCGCGGGCUGGAGGACCUACGACGGCCAGGGCAAGUGGCGCUGA